AUGAUUUACAUUUUAGGAAAAGAGAAAUUAAUUAGCUUGAAUGAAGAUAACAUAAAUGAUGAAAAUUAUUUAUUAAUUAAAAAUAUUUUAAAAGAUGAAAAUGUAAGUAUUAAUAACUGGGUAGAGGUUAGUUUACUUUUUCAUAAAAAAAAUUAUUACAAAUUAUUUCUUGAUUUGAUAAAAGAAGGAGAAAUACAUUUUAAUAACAAUAAUAACACAAAUUUUAAUGUAUUACUAUUAAUGUAUAAUUUAGAAAAAAUAAUAAAUGUUAAGAAUGCUAAUAAGGAAGAUGAAUUAAAAAUAAAAGUAGAAAAUUUAGUAAAUCAAAUAGAAAAAAAAAAAACAGAAGCAAAAAACUUUGAAAAUAUUAAAGAUGAUUAUGAUUAUUUAUCACAUUUUUUAAUUAAAGGAAUAUAUAAUGUAAGCAUAUAUUUAUAUUUAUUAAAUAAAUAUGAUAAUAAAAGUGGUAGUACAAAUUUGUCAUCAUCACUUAAUAAUUCAUUAAAUUCAAUGAAUUUAAAAGGCAACAUUAAUAAUGAAUAUAUUAAUCCUCUCAACUAUUUAAUUGAUAGUAUAAAUAUUUUUAUAUAUUUACUAAAAAUAAACAAUUAUGAUUUUGUUUCAUCAAUUUAUUUAUCAUUGUCUUUAUGCCUAAUGUAUAAAUUAGAUGUAUGUAUUGAUUUUUCUUCCUAUGUAUUGAUAAGGAUAAUACAUUUUCAAAAUUUUUUAAAGAGUUUAUCUGAAAAAUAUAAAAAAACAUAUCUAAACAUUUAUGAUGAAUGUAAUGUUAAUAAUUUUAAAGAAGAAUCAAAAAGUGAUACACAUUUUAUGAAUCACAAAAAAAGAGAUAGUAACAUUAGUAGUAAUAAUUAUACUAAUACUAUUAAAAAUAAUACUAUUAAUAAUAAAAAUGAUAUUAAUAACAAUGAUCUUAAUAACAAUGAUAUUAAUAACAAUGAUGUUAAUAACAAUAAUACUAAUAACAAUGAUAUUAAUAGUAAUUUAAAUAUUGAAAAUAUAUUAAAAUGUACCAGAAUAAAAAAUCUAUUAAAUGUAUUAAACAGUUUUAAAUCAAUAAUAAAAUAUAUUAUAGGUAUUUGUUAUAUGAAAAAGAAAAAUUUUAGCUGUGCUUCAUUAUGUUUUACUUCUUCUUUAAAAAACUACAAUUAUUGUUCAUCUUAUUUAACAAAUUCUUGGUUAUUACUUAUGAAUUAUUUAAAUAAAAUUUCUGAAAAUAAUGAUUUUAUAAAAAAUGAUCAAUAUAAUUUUUUAAAGUAUUCUAAUAAUUCUUCUAGAUUUUAUCAUUUUGAAAGUUUUGAAAAUUAUGAAAGUGAUGGUAAAGAACAAAAUAUAAUAAAUUAUGAAUCCUACAUAAAAAAUUUAAAUGAUAAGAAAGUAAAAGAAUACGAUUUUGAAAACAAAGAAUUAAAAUUAAAUGGUGGAGAUGUAGAGAAUAAAAUAAAAAGCUACAAUACAAUAAUGCUUAAUUUAAAUGAAAAUAAAGAAAAUAUAUUAAGUAAUUAUAACAUAAAAAAUAAUUUAAAAAAGAUACAUAUAAAAGAAAUAAUAAAUUUAACUUUAUUUUAUUACCAUAGUUACAUAGUAAAGGGAAUAAUAAAUUAUUCAAAAAACCUUCAUACAGCAUUGAAUUGUGAAAAGGCUUAUUAUAUUGAUAAAAAUGACAUUUAUGAAUAUGAUGAAUCUAUUGAAUUAGUUAAUAAUGAAAACAUGUUUAUAAAAAGUGAGUAUUACAAUGUUUUUUUAGAUAAUAAUAUGAUAUCUAUGUAUUUAGAUUUAUGCGAAAUAUGGUUGAUACUUGGUAAUAAUAAAUCUAUUAUUCUUUUGAAAAUUAUAAAAGAAAAAAUUAACUUCAAUUAUGUAAAUAAGAAAUUUUUAAGUAAGUAUUAUUUUCUAAUAGGUAUGCAUUAUCACAUAAUAAAAAAUAUGAAAAAGUCGUUGAAAUAUUAUCAUAAGAGUUUUCUUAUUUAUAAAAAUAAUAUAAGUAGAUAUUAUUACACUAUAUGUUGUAUAUAUUUAAAAAAAUAUAACAAAGCAAAAAAAAAUUUAAUAUAUUUAUAUAAAAAAUGUAAAAAUGCAUAUAUAAUUAAAUUGUAUGUAUUUUUUUUUGUUCAUACAUCUAACAUAUAUUUAAAUUAUAACUUAAUAAAUAAAAAUAAAAUUAUGCCUAAUUUAAAUAUAGAAAGAAGCGAUGAAAAUAAUAUUAUUACAAAAAAUGAAAAUUAUGUGCAAGAAAAAGAAAACACAAAAGACGUAUACUAUAUUUAUAAUCAUAAAUUCUUAAAAAGUGAUAAAAGCAAUGAAAUGAAAAUAGUCUUUAAAAUGUUGCAAAAUAUGAUGAAUAUUUUGAAUAAUAAUGAAAAAAUGUUUUUAAAUAAUUUAGAUAUAAAAUUGAUGAAGACGAAAAUUUAUGAAUUAUUAAUUACAAAAUAUAAUGAAGAUAACAUUGAAUCAUAUUUUAAGUUAUUAAAUGAAAUACAUGAAGUAAGAAAUUUUUUUAAUAAUAAAAGCAGUUUUCCAAAAAUAUCUUAUGAAUUAAUUAAUAAUUACAUAAUUUCUAUGUUUUAUUGUAAUUUUAAAGAAAAAAGUUUAGAAUUAAUGGAAUUAUUAAAAUGCGAAAUUUUUAAUAAAUUAAAAAAAUUCGUUAAAUAUUACAAUUAUGUGAUAUGUAAAAGCGAUAUUGAAAAAAAAGAAGCAAAUUUACUAUAUAAAAAGCAAAAUUUUAGUAAUAACAAUAAUACUAAAAAAAAAAGAGAGGGAAAAGAAAGUGAUUGUCAUUUCCUCAAAAAGGAUGGUAAUAAUAAUACAAGUAGGAAAAGAACAUACGAUUAUAAUGGAAUUAUAAGUAAAAGAAGAAAAAAUAAAGAUUGUCCUAAUAUCAAUAGCAAUGAAUAUAAUAAUAAUAAUAAUAAUAAUAAUAAUAAUAAUAAAGAAAGUAAAAAUAUUUUAAGCAAUGACUCAGGAACAGAAAAUAAAAAAAAAAAAAAAAGUGAUGAGAUAAAAAUAAUAAACAAAAAAAAGUUAAAGUAUAUAAGAAAUAUAUUAAGAUUACAUAGAAUAUGUGAAAUAAGAAAUAACUUAACAAAUAAUAAAUCCUUAAAAGAAAUAUAUAUAAAAAGAGCAAAAAAAGAAAGAUACAAGCACAUUAUUAAUUAUUUAAAAAAAUUAUAUAUUACAGUAUGUUUCAAUAAUGCAAUGUUAUUAGAAUUAAUUGGUUACAAAGAUAUAUCUAUCAAUAUAUAUAAAUUAUUUACACAUAUGUAUGUAAAUUAUGAAUGCGCAUAUAUUAGACUAGCAAACAUAUACAUUAAAGAUAAAAAUUAUUCUAAAGCAAAAGAAGUGAUAGAUAAUGGAUUAAAAAAAAAUUGUAAUUCUUUAAAUUUAUUUUUAUUAAAAUCUUAUUUACAUUUUAAAAGAAAGCAUUAUGAUUAUAGCAUAUAUGCUUUAGAGAAAUUAAGAAAAAAUGAUUGUUGUAAAAAUAACAUACUUAUUAAUACAUAUUUAGCUAUAAUUAAAUUUUUCAAAUUAAAGGAAUGCAAAAGUACAUUAGAAAAAAAUUAUUUAAUAAAUGACAUUUAUAAUGAAAUAAAAAUUCUAUCAAAAAAAAAAAAUAAUUUUUUUUUAGCUAAUUUAAUAUCUAUAUUACUUAGUGUAAAUCAUAAAUAUGAAUUAUCUCAUGAAUCAUUUCAGUUAAUAUUAGAUUCCUGCGAUAAAUUAUCCUUUUAUUAUUUGUCUAGUUUAAGGAAUAUAGUUCUUCACAUGUUUAAUAAUUUAAUUAGAAAUAAUCACUUAAUAAAUAAUAAAUUAUUUUUAAAUAAAUUAAAUGUAUUUUUUAAUUUAAGUUUAAGAAAUGGAAUAAAUGAUAAAAAAUUCUUUUUAUAUUAUUCUAAUUUCUUGCAUAUAUUAGAAAAAUUUGACGAUGCUAUUAAUUUAUUAUAUUCUUGCUAUGUAAAAUGGCCUCAUGAUUUAUCUAUAUUAAAUUCUCUAAUUAUAUGUAUUGAUUCAUGUGUUUCAAAAUAUUUAAGUUAUGAUUAUGUUGAGUUAAAAAAUAUUUUUCUUAUGAAGGAUUUAAUUAAUUUUUCUUUCAUUGUUAUAUAUACAUUAUUAUAUUUUAAACAUUUUUCUACAACAUCUGAGCUUGUUGGAUCAGAUGAACAUUAUAAUUAUUACAAAGAAGAGGAUUAUAUAAUUGAGGUAAAAAAAAAGAGUAUUGAAAAUUUAGCAAGUAGAAAGUAUUUAGUUUCAACAUAUAAAAAGUUUGAAGAAAAAAUAAAACCUUAUAUUGAAAGUAGUCUUCCUGCAAUGUUGAAGCAAAAAAAAAUGUAUCAUAUGAAAAAAAUAAAUAUACAAAAAAAAAUAUAUGAAGAGAAAAAAAGGAAAAAGAUGAGCUUAGAAAUACAAAAAUUAAAAAGUCAAGAAAUUUUACAAGAAGAAUUAUUGAGAGAUGCGAAGGAGUUAACUAAUCAGAUAUCUGAGCAAAACGUAAAGAGACUAAAUCAAAUUGAAAAAGUUAAUCAAAACAUUGACUUGAAUAAUACAAAUACAAGUAUAAAGGGAAUAGUAAAUAAUAAAGAUGAAGAUAAAAGUCCCAAUGAAAUAGAUUAUAAUUCUUCAUCAAAUAGUUCAGAUUUAUUUGAAGAAAAAAAUCCGGCUAAAAAAAGAAAAAAAGUGAUUGACUAA